AGCACUGGUAAGUUUUUAUACUCGUUCUACCCUGGGACUAACGAGAAGGCAAAAGAUGACAAAGAUGUAAUUAUUCAUGAUGUGGCGACUGACAAGAAAGACAAUAUCUACGUUCUCCUGACACGCAAGAGGCCCGGAGUCGAAGAAGAGUCUUUCGUGUACUUAAAAACGUCGGAUCAAUUUCUUCCUCUCAGGGGUGGGUUCAGGUCAUGGUCUUUUGGAUGUUCUUCACUUGCAAUUAGCGACAACGAUAAAGUGCUGGUACGCGGAGAGAUGAUUGGCGGGCACUACGUGGUUGACGUGUAUGAGAAAGACGGCCAGUUUGUUAAUCGUUUUGGAGAAGGCAUCUUGAAAGGCGCUUCAUCCAUUGCGACUGCAAAUGACGGAAGUAUUGUAGUAGCAGACCACGAGGGUGAUUCGUAUCAUGUUUACACCUUUAGUGAAGAGGGAGAACAGCUUUCUAAGUUCACUGUGCAAAGAUCGUACCACUGCCCUCAAACGACGUUCCAUCAAGCGAGUGAACAUUUCGUUGUAGCUGGUAUUGAAAGAGGA